UUACAUGGAUUGCGCUCUCCAAUCAGAGGCCACAAAAUCACAUUGAUUAAUCAAAACACAACGAUCCCAUUAGAAUCCCACUGGACAAUGGAAGAAGAGGUUAUCGCAUCGGAGAAUUGGGUAACCGCCUCAGUCGGCGGAAAACUGCGGAACGAUGAGAACGUGGAUGCGCAGCGGAGCAUGGGCAGUCUUGCUGGGGCUUCUGGGCAUGCCCCAGUCGAUAUCUGGCGGUAAUAUUCUGGCCGUGUAUCCGCACUUCGGUUUCAGCCACUUCAAGGUGGCGAUGCCCAUACUGAAUGAGCUGGCGCAUCGUGGUCAUGACAUCACGGUGAUCUCGUACGUGACGAACCCCCAGGCCGGCGCCUAUCCCAACUACAAUGAGCUACUGAUUUCGGCGCCUGGAGAGGAUCAGUCGAGCACCACGAUCAACCUGGUUCCGCUCACGGAGCACACGCCCACCAGAUCCCUGAUGGUUCUGAUCCGGGAGUAUGUGCUACUGCACCAAGAGGGUCAGAAGACCUGCGAGCACCUCUUCGCCAGUGGCCACAUGGAACGGGCCAUCGAGCGCCAUCAGCACAAGCCCUACGAUCUGCUGCUCACGGAAUACUUCAACUCCGAUUGCCAGCUGGCCCUGGCCAAGGUAUUGAAGCUGCCAAUCAUCGGCUUGAGCACCUGUGCGCUGAUGCCCUACUACUACGAUCGCAUCGAUCUGCCCGACACGCCUGCCUUCAUACAGUCGGAGUUCGUGGGAUUCGCUGGCCAGCUGAACUGGCAUGAACGGCUGCUCAACUUUGUGCAGGCCAAGUUGCUGAAGUUCCUGUACAAGUACCACUCCAACAGGGCGGACAACGAGCUGGUGCGCAGGUAUCUUGGAGUGGAAGUGGAUGUAGAGGAGGUGGCUCGAACCCAAACGGCGUUUGUGUUCGGAAACCAGCACUACUCCCUGAUGGGCAGCCGCCCACAAUCACUGCAGUUUGUGGAAAUCGGAGGAGUACACAUCACCACAAAGGCGCAGCAGGAGCUACCAGAGCAUAUCGAGUUCCUUGACCAGUCUGGAGAGGGAGUGAUCUUUAUAAGCUGGGGCUCCAUGGUGCGGGCUUCAAGCAUUGACGCAGACAAGCUGUCAGCCGCACUGGAGGUUCUGAAAGGCCAGCCGCUGAAGAUCAUCUGGAAAUGGGAGGCGGACGAGCCACCCGUAGCAGAUUCCGCCAAGUUCCUCUUCGUCAAAUGGGCUCCCCAAUUGGCGCUUCUGUGUCACCCCAAAGUAAAGUUGUUUUGGUCCCAUGGCGGCUUACUUGGAACCACGGAAGCGGUGCAUUGUGGCAAGCCCCUGCUAGUCACCCCCAUCUACGGAGAUCAGUUCCUCAACGCAUACUCGGUGCAAAAUCGGGGCAUGGGUCUAAAGCUGGACUACCAGGACAUCACCGUAGAAAACCUCAAUAAAGCUCUCACAGAGCUGCGCAAAAACAGCUACGCCCAACGAUCUCUUCAGGUCUCCAAGGUGUUCAAUGAGCGCCAGCAGACGCCACUGGAAUCAGCCAUUUGGUGUGUGGAACACGUCAUUAACAAUGGAUUAGCCGCCGCCCAACUACUUCAAUCUCCAGGCAUAGAGCUGCAUGGACUUGUCUACCAUUCGCUGGAUAGUGUAGCGCUGAUCCUGAUACCUCUAAUACUACUGAUCGUAGUCCUGUGCUAUGUGUGCAAAGGGAGUCCACCGAAGUCCGUCCACAGGAAAGUUGGCAAGAAGGCCAAGAGAUCGUAGUCUACUAAAAUUUACG